GUCGCGUAUUGAGAAAGAUAUGGAGAAAAACAAAAGACAGGAAAAAUGAAACUGUUAAUCGAACUUAGAGUCUCCAGUGAGUCGGAAGAUGAGUUUGUGGGUCAAAAUACGGUUGGCAAAAUUCCGAUGGAGUGGUAUCAAGAUUUCCCACAUAUAGGUUAUGAUGUUAACGGAAAGAAAAUUUUUAAACCUGCUUUUGGAGAUAAUUUGGAAAAGUUUCUUGAUUCUUUGGACAAUCCGGAUUUUGGACGUACUGUUUUAGAUAAGUUAAAUAUGAAAGAAAUAAUAUUGACUGACGAAGAAGUUGAGAUGGUUAGAAGAAUUCAGAGUGGAACUUUUGCUCACGCUGAUUUUAAUGAUCAACAACGAUUUGAGGAUAUCUGCUCUAAAGACGUUUCGAUUCAUCCAAUGACGAACGCACCUGAGCCGAAGAGGAGAUUCAUUCCUUCCAAACACGAGCAUCAGCGAAUCGCCAAACUUGUCCGUGCGAUUCGCCGCGGUUGGAUUGUGCCGAACGCACCAAAAGUGAAUAAGCCGCGAUGGUAUUCUCUUUGGAUCGACUCAGAUGUCCUUAGAGUUAAAAAAACUUCGCAUCUCACCGCGCCCAAACGGAAGCUACCAGGCCAUCAAGAAUCCUAUAACCCUCCUGAAGAAUAUUUGUUAACCGAUAAAGAACUGAAGAAAGUUGCAUUGAAGAAAAAUUUAAAAACUUUUAUUCCUCAUUCUUAUUCCUGCUUGCGGCAUGUUCCACGCUAUAACGAGUUUGUUAAAGAGCAGUUUGAACGGUGCCUCGACUUGUAUUUGUGCCCACGAACUCGAAAACUUCGAGUCCACGCCGAUCCCGAAAGUUUGAUCCCGAAACUUCCGUCUCCAAAAGAUCUACAGCCUUUUCCGUCCACGUGCGUGCUUGUGUAUAAAGGCCAUACCGGGGUUGUUCGCUCUGUUGCUGUGGAUCCAACAGGCCAAUAUUUAUAUUCUGGUUCUGAUGACUGCACCGUUAAAGUUUGGGAGCUUAUUAGUGGCCGUUGCUUGUUUACUUAUACAUUUAGUUCGCCUGUCGUCAAAGUUUCCUCUUCUCCUUCUCUUGCUAUAAACUUAUUAGCCGUGGCUGCUGGGACUGAACUAUACGUCAUUAAUACUAAAUUUAGCUCGAAAAAAGUUCGUAUCAACACGGAUCAGUUUUUAUCAACAGUAAUGAAUGAUUUAAACACACAAGCUCCUGUUAAAAAUGAGUCUUUCGUUCUGUGGAACGAACCGUCUAAUGAAGAGUUUUCCGAGGGCCAUCGCGUGCGGAUAUCUCAUGCCAGCCAAUUAAUGGACUUUUCAUGGCACUGUAAAGGCGACUAUUGCGUUACUGUUUCGAAACAUCGAGUGCCUGUUUUUAUACACCAAUUAAGUAAACGCCGUUCGCAAACUCCUUUUAUGAAACCUCCUGGACCCGUCCAGCGUGUGGCUUUUCAUCCUCUCAAACCUUUUCUUUUUGUUGCUACACAACGUUAUAUUCGCAUAUACAACUUAAUAAAACAUGAACUCCUAAAGAAACUACUCUCGCCUGCCAAAUGGCUCUCCUGUAUGGAUAUCCAUUCGGCUGGUGAUAAUAUUAUUGUUGGAAGUUACGAUAAACGUCUUUCUUGGUUUGACCUUGACUUGUCCUCGAAGCCUUAUAAAACUUUACGUUACCAUCACCAGGCCAUACGAGCAGUAGCCUAUCACCGGCGCUAUCCCCUUUUUGCCACUUGUAGUGAUGAUGGUUUUGUACACGUUUUUCACGGACGUGUUUUUAGUGAUCUUCUACAAAAUCCAUUAAUUGUACCUCUUAAGCGUUUAUGCUCUCCAAAGAACUUGAAAUCUUGCGCGUUAUACGAUGUUUCUUUUCAUCCUAAGCAACCGUGGAUUAUUGCCGCUGCUGCUGAUUCAACACUUCGACUUUAUACUUAA